UAUUGAUAAAAAACAUAAUUGGUAAUACUCCAUAUUUAAUGAAUUUAGUUUGGUUUCAAUUUUUAUACAGGCCUGGAGUAGGGUCGCGUACAAUAAAAUGUAAAAUAUUAUACAAGGUUGAAAUGGUGAAAGUGAUCAAUCAACAAAACAAUACUCCAAUCAUUACAUGAGCCAAAGUAAUGUAUUGCGUUACUAUCUAGAUUGUUUAUUAUUUUGCAUUGGUCUGGUUUGUUAAUCCUACACACAUAAGAGGCAAUGGAAAGUCCAUUAGAGGAUAAUUUAUACAAAGCAGUACAAUCUGCAGACCAAGCAUCGAUUGUGUGCCUUCUAGACAGAGGCGCAAACCCAAAUAAGAUAACAAAAAAUGGCAAAACUUCGUUAGGUGAAGCAUGCAAUAUAGGAAAUAUAAGUAUAGUCAAAUUACUGGUUAAUACAACAAAAUCUAGACAAACUACACAUUCAAGUAGAAAGCGUCAUUUAAAAACUCACAAGCGCAAGAUAAAGAAUGAUGGGUCUCAGGAAGAAACACUUACUAAAUACAAGAACCCCAGUGAUAGAAAAUGUAUGGGUUUGCAACUUGAAAAUAUAGGCCCCAGUCAGACUUCUAAUAGAGAUGUCAACCGCGGAUACUUUGUGUUCAUACACAGUGAUGGCUCAAGUAGUGAUGAGAGUAGAAUCACAAGCUUGCUGUCUCCUUUGAGCCCAGUAUCGUUGACACCCUCACCACAGGAUGACUUGGAGUGGGAUGAAGAGAUUGGCAAUGUGGCUCCUACCACCAGUGAAGAUGAGACUUGGACUUCAAUGUAUAAAUGGUAUGCUUCCAUAUUAGAAUGCACUGGUGCAGCAAUUGCAUCACAAUCAAUAGAGAUUUAUGGGAUUGAUCAGCAAGAUGCUUUUAUGAGAACUGCAUUACACUAUGCAGCUGAACGGGGACAUGCAGAGGUAGUGAGAUUGUUGUUAGAUGCAGGAAGCAAAGUGGAAGUUAUGGCCGGCGAUGGUUCCACCCCUCUACACGUCGCCGUUAUUAAGAAUCACCCGGAGAUUGUGAAAAUGCUGUUGUUGGCAGGCUGCCAUGUCAACAACAAGACUCAUGAGAAAAUGACGCCGUUACACUAUGCAGCUUCUAAUGGAUUUAUUGAUUUGGUCAAAAUGCUAGUAAACAAUGGUGCUAACUUGGAAGCCAGGGACACCAGUGAGCGCACAGCUCUGUUCCUAGCGGCCGGCAGAGGGCAUGUUGAUGUGGUCAAAUACCUCAUAUCAGUUGGAGCUAAUGUUAACGGCGAGGAAAUUCAUGGAUACACGCCUCUUUGUGAGGCGGUUUGGCGCAGAUUUCCGGAAGUAGUCGAAGUAUUGUUAUUGUCCAGAGCUCGAAUAACACAUUCCCACAAACUUUUACAUUAUGCAAUAAUACAAAGACAGGAGGAAAUUGUGAAAAUGCUUGCAAAUUACGGCGGAGCGUUGAAUCUCCACAACGAUAAUGGCGACACGCCUCUGCUGCUGGCGGUGAGGUUGUCACAGCCUAGGGUUGCCAGAAUCUUGCUGGAAAAGGGGGCCCACGUUAAUUCAUGUAACAGCAUAACUGGAGCCACCGCACUUCACAUAGCUGUUGAAAGUAUAGACUGUCCUACAAUAUUUGAGGAAUUGCUAACCUGCCUUCUAGAGUAUAGGAUAGAUAUGAACGCAAUAGCGCUUACCGGCGACACUGCCCUGAACAGAGCAUUAUUAUUACACAAAGACCACGCGGCGGUGUUGCAAAUUCGCUACGGAGCCAACGUCAAUGCCUGUGAUUUGCAUUCCUGCGGUUUAGACAACCUAUCAAUAGCGAGUAGGCGACGCUCGAAUAAUCUAGCUCGUAUGCUAAUAAAGGCUGGUCAUCAUAUAACUACACCUGAUCCUACUUCAGCGGUCCCUAAACAGGGCACAACAGCCCACUGGCUAUAUCAUACCAGCAGACAACCACAUAGCCUAUCAGAUAUUUGUAGAAUGCAAAUUAGAUCUAUGGCUAUGAAAAAAAUAUUAUUUCAAUAUAUAUCAACACUGCCUUUACCCACGAGCUUAAGAAGAUUCCUAAUGAUGGAAGAUGAAGGUCUAUAGUUGCUAAUGAUUAGUGAAUUGUUAUUAUUACUGAAUUAUUUUUAAAUCAUUGUUUAUAAUGUUAUAUUUAUGAACAAAAUAAAUAUUUAUAGGUUAUAAGCUAGUAAGAGACACACUUUCAUAUCCUAUGUAUGAAUUUACUCACGAUUUGUUGAUUUAACAUUUUCUAGUCAUGUUUGAUCAUUUUACCUACAUAGACUGAUUUCAAAGAUAUAAAAAAUUACAUUACAUCGCAAUAUAAUGAACAUUGUAGACUUUAUCUUAAGAUCAUGUUGUAAUGUAAUGCGAGGCAUAUUUAAUGAUUUCUACACUCUACACUUAAGCGUAAAUUUGUAGGAGGAGCUAUCUACUCAAAUUUGGAAGAAACGAAACCCGCCCUCUAGUUAAUUUAGUUGAUCCUUAUUUCUAGUUCUGGGGGUCUGGCAGCUGAUGGUGAAGGUCGGAGUAGUAGGCCAGCAAAUAGGUUUUAUAAUCAGUCGAAUAACCGUUUAAAUAUAAGUAAAAAAAACGAGAUAAAGAAUAAUAUAUCAUUAUUGUGUAUAUAUAUUCUGCAAACAAUUAGGUAUAUUAGUAUCUACGUGUUACAUCUGCGAAAUGUACGUGUUACUUUGCGCCAAAGAAAAUGGCAUAAUGUAAAUGAGCUUCAAAGAAGAGUUUUUCGUAGUGGAUUGUUAUUAUACCUACUGCUUUUAUUGUUUCUUGAUAUUAUUAGAAUACAUUUACAUAACGCACAAAGGCAUUUCUAAUUUUUUCAUCACACUUGCUCGAAAAAGAUCUUAUUUCAUGCAGGCGUACUGAAGGACAAAGGCCUAUAUUGUUCCCGCGGGAGUUGUGGAUUGUGAAAAAAAAAGGGAGUUAUAACUUUAUUUUUUUAAUUAUGUCAGUAAUUCGUACAAACCAAGUGGCGUAAAUGAGUUUCACUGUAAAAAUACUGCCGUUAAUAAUUUAAUAUGUUUGUUUAUGUUUAAAAACAUUUAAUUUGAUUAAUUUAAUAGCCGUUUAAAAUAUUUUCACAUAAGUAAAUUUUCAAUCGUGGCUGAAUGCCGAAUAGGUCUGUGUCUUCAAUACCUAACCUGUCAACAAAUUACAUAAUUUUUAAGAAAAAAAAAGACGACUUCAAUGAGGGUCUGCUGAAAGAGCGACUAUUGUUGAUUUUUGAUUUCAUACAAUGAAAUCAAAAAUACGCCUAAUUAUGUAAAAAAGGAGGUAAUAUGUUUUUUUUGUGCACCCACCUUGACACAUUUCAGAUUUGCCCUAUGGUUGACUGGUAAGAUACCUGAAAUAGGGUAUUCGAUUUUAUAAGAUAAAUUAUUUCACACCAUGCAUGAAAUAAAGCACCAGAUAAUUAUUGAAAAAAAUGUUUGAUAUGUCACAUUCCGCUUAAAAAUUAGUUUUUUCUUCCCAAGUGUGAUGAAAAACAUUGUGUAAUUAACAUUGUGUGGGGGUAAGAAUGUUGCCAACUCUGGUCUCCGCCGGGUCCCUCGCUUCCAAAAUUUCAUUUACCCCCCUCGUACUAUAUACUAUUGAUUUUUUUUUAAAUUUUCGUUACAUGCGUGGCAUGUCGCCAGUACGCUGGCCCAAUAUUACAGGGUUCUAUGUUUCACUUUUAUCUAACUGAAAUUUGAACAUUGUCAUAGUACUCAUAGUGACAUUGAGUCGAAUUUCAACAUUUUCAACUAUCUUGAAAAUGUAACAUAGAACCCUGUAAUAUUGGGCCAGCGAGUAGUCUGAGACGUACUAAAUGCAAUGAAGUGCCGGCACUUCAUUGAGGCGCGGAAACUUUUUGUUACAGAUGUUGACUCUAGUACUAUGUCUCAAUGUCGAUAUCAUCCCAGGUAUAAAGUCAUGUCCAUUGGCUGUCCUCAUUCAUACAAAUCCGCGCCGCAUUUCUUUUAGUAUCGCCGUAGCCGAGUAAAAAUGAGCUUGUUCUGGAGCUCUAUAAUUUCACACCUUCAAUUGAUUUACAACUUUGCUAGCAUGCUACCAUCACCGAUGGCCUCCACCGAUGAACAGCUACCAAACUUCCAGAUCUAGUCAUAAAAAUAGAAUAUCGAACUUAUUUAUUAGACGGGUGUCGUUGCUAUAAAAAUUGUAUAGGUACAAUUUAUCAGGGCUAGAUCAAAGGUAUGUCGUGUUUGACGGUAUUAAAAUAGGUCACCAAAAGCACAUAAGCGUCAAGCUAUGCCAUUAAACCUAAUGUGAUUCAUUGAAGUGGCUCCAACAAAUUUCAAUUAAGGAAUUGUGGUCAACAUUUAUUUAAAAAUGUAUGUCUUGUCUACUCUGCAUGUAGCGGUAAGUACCAUAGCUACUGAUGUAGUAUUAACAAUAUACAAAAGUAUAAUUAGAUUAAUUAGACUAUAGAAAUUGGACCUACAAAUGUGCAAGUUACGAAAAGUCACGAUAUUUGAAAUUUCGGAAAAAAAAUAUUUCGAAAAUAUGAGAUGUUUCCAAAAUUCUCCCUUGUAGAAAUUUCAGUUUAACUUUGUAAACAUUUUAGUUUUAUCAUCUCCACAUCAUUAAUUUAAAUUUGAUUAUUUUAUUAUACGUUAUUUUCUUGAUUAUUAACUAUAAGUUGAUUAAUUAGUAACUUUUAUCUCUUGCGCAAUGUUUAAAAACUAUCCAUCUUAUCUUGAUUGUACUAAAUGGAAUUGUACAGUAAUAAAACACUUUUUACA